UCCCUCCUCUGCCUUCCUCCUCCUCGAGCGCGCGCGCGAAGCUGGCCUGUGAGCUCAGGCCUGGUCGCGGCUUCUCUCCCCCCAGGGGCUCCAGGAGUUCUGGUGUCGGGGCCUGCGCCCCUGAGCUCCUGAGUCUCGUGGGCUCCCAGCGCGUGGCCAGAUGCCCGUGCCCCCGAUGGCCGGGUGCCCAGAGGGACAGCGGGCGGAGGUCGCAGAACCGUGCCCGGCUUGGUCGGGUUGGUCGCGACAAGUCACGGACAUGACUGAUUUUUCGGAGAACGAUUGGUCGCGGACGUGCACCGAGGACCCGGACUCUCCCGACGUGUGCCCUGUCCUCCCGAGCGGCGGCGAGAGCGCUCGGGGGCCGGACCUGCUGCCGCCGCGGCGGGUGAACCUCAGGCUCGCGGCUGGCGGCGAAGAGCCGACUUGGGCGUCGGCGGCGAGCGUGGCCGAGCUGCGCCGCACUGUGAGCGAGGCGACGGGCCUGGAGCCCGAGCGCCUGCAGCUGUGCGAGGGCGUCGCCAGGCGUGCCCUCCUCGACCACGAGCUCGUGCCGCUCCAGGUGGAGGUGGUCGGGCUGGACAGGCGGCC